AAUAUAAAACACACCCAUGUCAUCCUCGGUCUCUCAUUUAUUCUCUAAAAUAACACGCCAAACGGCCGCUUGCAAACUCAUUAUUCACACCAGCUAAUUCAAUUCAUUAGUCAUAUCAUGACCCAAUUCAAUCUGCCCACCAUGUCUCCAAUUCAUUCCCGCCACGUGGCAGUAAUAGGCGCCGGAGCCGCCGGUUUGGUUGCGGCUCGUGAGCUUCGUCGAGAAGGCCACAAGGUUGUAGUCCUGGAGAAAAACGACCAAAUUGGCGGUACGUGGAUUUACACUGAUCGCGUUGAAUCCGACCCUCUUGGUUUAGAUCCGAAACGACCCGUCAUCCAUUCUAGUAUAUACGGUUCCCUUCGGACCAACUUACCACGAGAGUUAAUGGGUUUUAAAGAUUACCCAUUCGUAAGCCGAAACGACGGGUCUGGAGACCCGAGAAGGUUUCCGGGUCAUACGGAGGUUUUGAAGUAUUUGAAGGAGUUUGCGAGAGAGUUCGGUAUUGAAGAAAUGGUGCGGUUUGAAACUGAAGUGGUGAAUGUUGAAUUGAUGGAUAAUAAUAAAUGGAAAGUAAGGUCUAAAAAAAUAAAUAAUAAGGAUAGUUUCGAUGACAUAUAUGAUGCUGUAGUUGUUUGUAACGGGCACUAUUCUCAACCUCGUAUUGCUGAAAUUCCGGGCAUCGAUUCAUGGCCAGGGAAGCAAAUUCAUAGCCACAAUUAUCGUACUCCGGAACACUUUCGAGAUCAAGUCAUAGUUUUAAUAGGGAGUUCUGCAAGUGCCGUUGAUAUCUGCAGGGAUAUUGCUGGAGUUGCCAGAGAAGUUCAUGUUGCUUCCAGGUCAGUUGCGGAUGGAACAUAUGAAAAGCAACCUGGAUACGAUAACAUGUGGCUUCAUUCCAUGAUAGAAAUUGCCCUUAAAGAUGGAACUGUGGUCUUCCGAAAUGGCAAUAUGGUCCUUGCUGAUGUAAUUCUACACUGCACUGGGUACAAGUAUCACUUCCCAUUUCUUGAUACCAAUGGCUAUGUGACUGUGGAUGAUAACCGUGUGGGGCCACUAUACAAGCAUGUUUUUCCACCAGGCUUGGCCCCAUGGCUUUCUUUUGUUGGUUUACCAUGGAAGGUUAUCCCCUUUCCCAUGUGUGAAUUGCAAAGCAAGUGGAUAGCUGGUGCUUUAUCAGGUCGUAUAUUGCUUCCUUCUCAGGAGGAGAUGAUGGAAGACACUAAAGCCUUUUAUUCAACACUUGAAGCUUCUGGAAUACCUAAGCGGUAUACACAUAAUUUGUCUGAUUAUCAGUUUGAUUAUGAUAAUUGGCUUGCUGGACAAUGUGGGUGUGAAGGGGUUGAGGAAUGGAGAAUUCUAAUGUAUCUUGCUGCUUCCAGUAGCAGACGCACUAGACCAGAGACAUACCGUGAUGAAUGGGAAGACGACCACCUGAUCUUGCAAGCCCAGGAAGAUUUCAACAAUUACCCCCCAAUGAAAAUAUCUAGUAAUAUUUAAACUGAAAGUGGCCACACUCAAAUAGGUGGUGUUGUAUGUUCUUGUCAAGAAUAAAUAAAUAAAAUAAAAAUGAAAACCUUGUUAUAAUUUAUUUUUCUAUAAUUCAUUAAUGUAAAUUGCCUAUUUAACAAACCUCAAGCCAAGCAUUGUAGUUUGAAAUUAUCAGAAUGGAAUUAUGAUUUAUACA